CCCGCCCCGACUCAGGCACUUGCCACAGCCCGCCGCCCCUGGCCUGUCGCACCUCUCCUGCCCUUCCUCUCUCUUUCUCACCAAGAGCUGAAAACCGCCCUCAUAACUCUCUCUCCGUGCGACACAACUUGCACCCUUCCGCCAAUCUACCUCCGCCACAUACACAUAUACCCAUUCGCAGCCGCUACCAUGCACCGCAAAACCCCCAUCUCCGUCCUCGUCUACCACACUCUGUUUCCCAAACCAUCCCCUACCGACCCUCCCUCUUUCUCCGCUCACCUCUCUAAGGACCUGGUCGGCGAAGUUCGCAUCGAAACCGCAACCUUCUACGGCUCUCUCGAAACCAUAGAAGCUCGCUACCCAGGCCUCAACUAUGCCUACGCCCCCCACAGAAAGCGCCUUGGCCGCUUUCCUCACCACAAGAGGCUUUUCGAAGCAUUCGAUAUCCUCGGCCUGACCGACUCGGAGAUUCAAGGCUUCUGCCGCUGGGAAGGCACACUGUGGGCGCGUGAACGAUACGAACGCGACGAGGGCUGCCGUGUCUUGGACACCACAGGAAUGGACAUUGGCGAGUGGGUCGACAGGCGGAAAACACGGCGCACCAGUGCCAGCAAAGCCAUCAACGUCAAGACCGACAUCGAAGUGGAAAUCGAAGAAAUGCCCGCCAUGACCGCACGCUCCCAUCAUCUGCAACACCACCACGUCACCGGUGAUGAUGCCAACAUGCUCCGCCCCACAGACACCGAGAUGCCCGAUUCUGCGGAGCCACCUUCGGACGACGAUGAUGACGACGAACCGGACAUUGACGAGCGCGUCGGCUUUGAGUUGAAUGCGCGCCUCAUGCAUGCCGCGAGCCUGCGGGAAGAAGGUGCACACUUGCCCAUGGACGCGGAAUGGGAGCAGUUUCUCAAGGAUGCACAGGAAAGGGGCGAGCUGGAUGUCGAAGCCACACGGUCAGCUCUGCGCAUGAUGGCUUCAGGUCCCCUGGGAGAGAUGACCCGCCGGCUCCUCAACGGCUCAAACGCCUCCACAUCCACAACCACAAACUCAUCAUCACAAACAUACCAGCCGCCAGCCGCGCCAGCGUAGAUGGGAGAGGAAAGCCUCUGCAAAGCCAAAAAAAUCAGAAAAGGACAAAAAAAGAGAAUAUUGAUGGGGUAGUAGUAAACUUUUUUGUUAGUUUUAUUGCGACGCGCGAAGCAGGAACUGUUGUAUCUAAUGAAUUGUUUUCACACCUUCUUCUUGGCCUUUUUUUGUUGUCUGUUUGCCUUUUUUUUCUCCUCAUCUUGGUUGCAGCCGCCUCUAGGUUCGGACUCCCCUUGCGUACUUUUUUGGAAUACCCUUUUGGAAAUUAUCCAUCAUUCAUCAUGGUCUUUUGGGGGUUUCUCGACACAUGUUCGACUGGGGGAAUAGUCGCUUGCUUGCUUCUGUGUUGGGAACUUGGGAUGACAGUGUUUCCCAAUAUAUAUAUAUACGAUUGACAUGGGGCGUGGAUUCUUUCUUGUCCGUUUUUUCGAAUAGAUGGGGGGUGGGGUUCACCCAUGGUGUUUUUAAAAAAGGGGAUUUUGUUUCGUUUGCUUUUCUGCUGCGCCCUAUUAUAAGUAGAUGGGACCCCCCCUCCCCCCGGUUGUUUUUUAAAAAGGGAUUCUUGUUGGCUUUCUGUUGCGCUCGUCAAAAGGAAUAUCUGAAUAUACAUAUUCGUUGCAUUCUUUAUACACUUAGGACUUGAGUAUAUGAAUUACUGGUUAUGUGUAUUUCACCUGUCUUGUCUUGUCCUGUCCUGUCCUGUCCUCUCGUCUGCAUUUUGAACUCCCAGCCAGCCAACUACAUAACUGAUCAACUACCUGAGUAACCAUUUUUCCGCGAUACCAAAUAAAAACAAUAUUGAUAUCACACUUGUAUACGUCCUCUCUCUGUUUAAUCCCCUCUUUCCCAUCUCCACCUCCACACCCCGCACCUUCGCUCAAUCGUUUAUUAUAUGUAAUCUUUCUUUCUCCUCCUCCUCAAUCAAUCAAUCAAUCAAUCAAUCAAUCGACUUGAUUUCAUAUCUCAGGGCGGGGAGAAGGGGAGGAACAAACAAACACGAUGGACCAGUUCCAAUUUUCUGAAUUAAUGCGUUUACUAUGCCCAGAGAAAAAUAAACGCGAUGAUUCGUAUCCUGUUUCAUGGUAGUUUUGCCGCUUGUUUCGCUUUUUAUUUUUUGCUUUGUCUAUUUGUGUGUUUGUCUUUGUCUUGUCAAGUGUAAUCAUGUUGCAUGGUGCUUGGUAGAUUACCUAGGCAUGAAGCGAUAUUCUUGGUAAUUAUGCGGCCAUGUUCUUGGAAGAUGUGGAGCGAUAUACUCCGCAUCUACAGUACAGUGUCGUGGUCGGGAUAGCAAGCAGUACGCAGCAGUGUUGGUUUUGUGUUUUCGAGACUGGUACGACUGGGAGGAAUGCCACAUGUUUUGAUAUCGACUUCACAAGUUCUGUAUCUGCGGAAUCCUGUCCAAGCGGACAGUCUCUAAGAUUUCAAGAGAAUCCCA